CGGGGUGGCUUAAAAAGCAUUUCUGCCAUUAUUCUAGUCCAUUGUCUCUUGGCUGCUCGUCAGCAUGCGUUAAAAUGAAUUUACAUCUUCUUUUGUUUUUCUGUGUUGCGAUAUUUGUGGUCCAAACUCGAUCGGACGGUACAUCAAGUGCAUCAGCAGCUGCAACAACGGUUCAAGACGGCUCUUCAGGGUCUGCCUCAGCAGUUUCCAGCGCACAAAGUGGAGAUGGUGCCCAGUCAGUCUCACAAUGCCCCGGAAUAAACGAGGAGCCAACGACAUGUGUUCCUUGUGAGGAAUCCUGCCGAUACCGGUUGAAGAGGAGCGAUAUAGCGUGCUCCUCGGUGUGCAAUGCGGGCUGCAGGUGUGUCGACGGCUUUUACAGACUCGACAGUGGGGAGUGUGUCCCAGUCGACCAGUGCUCACCACCUGAAUGCUACGAAAACGAGUACCACGACACCUGCGGUCCCUACUGCGAGGAGUCUUGUGCGACCAUGAACAACACGUGUCUGGUCUGUCUCUCCGGCUGUGUGGAGGGGUGCUUCUGCCAGCCUGGCUUCAUCAGGGACAGAUACGGACUGACUUGCGUCACCCCGGACCAGUGUCCGCAGCCAGAAUGCGACAGGUUCGAGCACUUCGAGACAUGUCCCAACGUCUGCCCGCUAGAGACAUGUCGGGCCAAGCUGGAGCGUGAAGACUGCAGCUCUCUCCAGUGCUGUGAGCCGCAGUGCCGCUGCGACGAAGGAUACUUGAGGAAUGACUCCGGAGAGUGCAUCCCUGAGGAGUAUUGUGAAGUUGAUUAUUAUUUUUUAAAUAUGCAGUUGUUUCUGCUCUUUUUUACUGCGUACUUCGCUGUAUGCGCAAAUGCCAACGCCCCGGUUGUAAACGAUCCAUCAUGCGAGACCUACAAUGAUUCGGACCUCUCAUCUAGUGCAUCUUCUUCUGAAGCCACAUCUAAUUCAGAUGGUUCAGAAAGCAAUGGUUCCGUCACUCAAGAGUCUAGCCAAUCUUCGUCAGCUAGUUCCUUUGCCGCAGCUACGGCUUCAAGUCAAAGCUCUGGGUCAUCGGAUGAUGGAUCAUAUUCGUACGAAUCAUCUAGUUCUUCAGCUGCUUCAUCUAGUAGCGCCGCCAGUUCGUCAUCAUCUUCCACUGUUACUACUGGGAAUCAAAACAAUCAAAACCGUUGUGGAAUAAAUGAGGUACCAGACAACUGUUACAAUCCAUGUUAUGAAAAGAAUUGCGCAAAUAGACUUAAGCCUUCAAGACUGUGUCCUUUGUACUGCAUGACCGAUGGGUGCUCUUGUAGAGAAGGAUUUUAUAGAGAUGAUAGCCGUAAUUGUGUUCCGCUUCAGGAAUGUACGCCCCCUAAAUGUGGCACAAAUGAAGUCUACACAAACUGUGGAUCUGCGUGUGAGACCAACUGCACGAACAUCGACAACCCACCUCAGGCCUGUACCCUGCAAUGUGUGGAGAAGUGUGAAUGUUUGGAAGGAUUUAUCAGGAAUUCCGACGGGAAUUGUGUGAAGAAAGAGGAAUGCUCCUCUGUACAAUGCGGUCCCAACGAGGAAUCCAAUGGAUGUUACAACUCGUGUCUUGAGAAGUCGUGUUCUAGCAGAUUGAACCCACCCGAGGUUUGCCCUCUGUAUUGUGAGUACGGGAAAUGCAGCUGUACGGAUGGGUACUACAGAGACGACAAUGGGGAUUGCGUUCAGCCGAUUGAUUGUACACCACCAAGAUGUGGUUUAAACGAAGUGUACACAAACUGCGGGUCGUCGUGCGAGGUCACCUGCGCUAAUGUAAACAAUCCACCAAAAGUCUGCACUCUGCAGUGCGUAGAGAAGUGCCAAUGUGCUGAAGGAUUCAUCAGGAAUUCAGACGGGAAUUGUGUGAGACGGGAAGAAUGCUUACCGACAAUCCAAUGUGCUGAAAAUGAAGAGCCUACCGACUGCUACAAUUCCUGCUUGGAAGAUUCCUGUGCGAACAGACUGCAGCCUCGAAGGUUCUGUGCACAAUAUUGCGAGACCAACAAGUCUACAUGCAAACGUGGCUUGUAUAGAAAUGACGACGGCGUUUGCGUUCCUGUUGAACAAUGCUCAACACCAAAAUGCUUCGAAGGUGAAGAAUACACUCAAUGUGGAUCAGCAUGUGAAGCGACCUGCAAUAAUUUAAACGAUACCAGUUGUACAAAACAAUGUGUUGAGAAAUGCUCAUGUCGCAAAGGCUUAGUUAGAAGUGACGAUGGAAGCUGUAUCUUACCUGAAAAUUGUUCUCUCCAACAACAGUGUAAAGAAAACGAAGUGUACAGUGACUGCAAGAUUAUCCACCCGCCUCAAACCUGCGAUUCCAUAUACAGCCAGUAUCAACCAUGCGAGGACUGUCCAUGUAAUCCUGGAUGCAACUGCAAGGAUGGAUACUUGAGAAAUGGAACUAUGGAAGAUCUUUGCAUACCGAGCGAAUCGUGCCCCCCACCAACACCAGUUUGUUCGGAUAAUGAAAAGUUCAACAGUUGCGGUACGGCUUGCGAGUUGACAUGUGACAAUUACAAGAAUCCUCCAAAUGUUUGCACGAAAGAAUGCGUUGCGCAAUGCUUCUGUCAAGAAGGACUCGUGAGGGCGAGCGAUGGAUCUUGUAUCUUACCUGAAUAUUGUGAAAUACAGAACCAAUGUCAAGAAAAUGAGGUAUUCAGUGACUGCAAGAUUACUCGUCCACCACAGACCUGCGAUUCCAUAUACACUCAAUAUCAACCUUGCGAAGACUGUCCAUGUGAUCCCGGAUGCAACUGCAGGGAUGGCUACUUGAGAAACGGAACUAUGAACGACGUUUGCAUACCGAGUGAACUGUGCCCUACACCGCAACCGUCGUGUCCCGAAAACCAGGAGUUCAACAGUUGCGGGUCAGCGUGCGAGUUGACCUGUGACAACUACAGAAACCCUCCGGGAUUCUGUACAUUCCAGUGUGUUGCAAAUUGCUUCUGCAAGGAUGGCCUCGUGAGGGCUAGUGAUGGCUCUUGCGUGCUGCCGCAGGAUUGUUCUCUUCAACCGCAGUGUAAAGAAAAUGAGGUAUUCAGUGACUGCAAGAUUAUUCGUCCACCACAAACCUGCGACUCCAUUUACACUCAGUAUCAACCGUGCGAAGAUUGCGAGUGCAGUCCCGGAUGCAACUGCAAGGAUGGAUACUUGAGAAAUGGAACCAUGAAUGAUCUUUGCAUACCGAGCGAAUUAUGUCCACCGCCAACACCAUCUUGUGCCGAUAAAGAACAGUACAAGAGUUGCGGUACAGCUUGUGAGUUGACUUGUGACAAUUACAAAGACGCACCACUUGAUUGUACAAAGCAGUGUGUUGAGAAAUGCUUCUGUCAAGACGGACUAGUGAGAGCCAGUGAUGGGACGUGCGUACUGCCUGAAAAUUGUCCAACAUCGCAAUGUAAAGAAAAUGAAGUCUACAGCGAUUGCAAGUUCGUGUGCCCACCACAAACCUGCGAUUCACUUUACACCUCCUAUCAGCCGUGUGACGACUGCGUACCAGGCUGUAACUGUGUCGAUGGAUAUCUGAGGAAUGGCACUGCUAAUGAUCUUUGCAUCCCCAGUGACCUAUGUCCACCUGCAGUACAACAACCACCAACAUGUCCGGACGACCAGGAGUUCAACAGUUGCGGGUCGGCGUGCGAGUUGACCUGUGACAACUACAGCAACCCCCCCAGGUUCUGUACCUACCAGUGUGUCGCGAAGUGCUUCUGUAAGGAUGGCCUUGUGAGGGCCAGUGAUGGGUCUUGUGUGCUGCCUGAGAAUUGCUCUGCAAAACCCCAAUGCCGUGAAAACGAAGAACCUACGAAUUGUUAUAAUUCCUGCGUUGAAGACUCUUGCUCUAACAGACUAACUCCAAACCGUCCUUGCCCCAGAAAUUGUGAGGGCAACAGGUGCAAAUGCAAAAAGGGCUUCUACAGAAAUGAGAAUGGUGACUGUGUUGGUGUCGAACAAUGUGGGGCACCGAAGUGUCGCGACACUGAAGUGUACACCCAGUGUGGGUCUGCUUGUCCACCCACCUGCGAGACUAGAGACAGCGGUCCCACAAUAUGCACCCAGCAGUGUGUGGAACAAUGUGCUUGUAAAAAAGGAUUGAUAAAAAACCAAUACGGCACUUGCGUGAAACCUGAAGACUGUCCGUCCCAGCAGCAGUGCCCUGCCGGCCAGGAGUUCACCUCCUGCACCCGACAGAAGUGCGUGAAGACCUGUGCUCAUGUCCUCCACCGGCCACUCUGCCCGCGUCAGUCGGCUGGCAAGUGCUACAGCCCUGGAUGCAUCUGCCCCGGCGAGCUGGUGGAAGGACCUGAUGGCACUUGCAUUCCUAAGGAGCAAUGCCCAACCUUCGAGUGUCAAGAAAACGAAGUGUACAGCAACUGCAGUAACACUUGCCCGCCUCAAACCUGCAACUCAAUUCUCGAGCUGUAUAACUGCCCAGACCAACCGCCUAAAGACUGCAAGCCUGGAUGUCUGUGCAAACCCGGCUACUUGAGAAAUGGAACCACCAGUGAUGCCUGCAUAUUGAGUGAUUUCUGCUUUGGGGAACCGGUUUGCGGCGACAACCAGAGUUACGUACAGAGCAAGACUAUCUGCCAAGCGAGUUGCAACUCUGAAGUCGUGGUUUGUGACACGGUGACCGGCUGCGCUUGUAAUGAAGGGUUCAUCCCCGAUGGUCAAGGUCAAUGCGUGAAGAAAGAGGACUGUCGUGAGUGUUCGUAA